AUGGCCUCCGUAUCUCGUUUCUCAACGUUAAUCGUUUUACUCGCAGCUAUAUGUCUUGCCCAGACAGUCACGCUACACGCUGGUCUCAACAACGCCCUCUCUAACGGUGCCAACACUAAAGCGGUUAGCGCUCGAUAUUCAAGCAGGUCAUCGCUUGCAGAGGAUAAAGAGGAUGUGACCCUGCUUGACAUCGUUCUCGUUGCCUCUGUAGAUGGUCGAUUCCACGCACUUAACCGUACCUCUGGACAGAAACUCUGGUCCAUGUCGCAUUCUGCGCAUGCAGCUCCGUUCAGUCUUGCGCCUCUUGUUCGUACCAAACAUGUCACCUAUGACUCUGACUUGACGGACGAUGAUGACGCCCAUCACGAGGUGUACAUGAUCGAACCACAGUCGGGUGACAUAUAUGUGAUGGCUACCCCCAGUAGUAAACUCCAGCGCCUCUCUUUUUCCAUGGCACAGCUUGUCGAGAUGUCGCCUUUUAAAUUCGCACGGGAUGACGAUGAGCGGGUCUUUGUUGGAAAGAAAGAGACAUCUCUAGUGUCAAUAGAAUUGGAAACCGGGAAAGUCAAGGCCAUUAAUGCUGAAUGCCCUUGGGAUCCAUUUGAAAAUUUCAGCCACAAAGAGGAGCUUGACUUAGACGAACUUGAAGAUUAUAUACCAAACAAGGAGAAGUUCAUUCCGACGGAGGUCUUCAUUGGACGUACCGACUACCAAAUAUCCAUCUUCACCCGCUCAAAUACCCCCAAUGGUCGGAAGGUUCCUAUACAGAAUCUGUCCUUCUCCACAUAUGGUCCCAACAACCAGGACAAUGUCUUGCAAGCGGCGUACCGGAAGACGCAAGACAGCACAUACAUCGACUCCCUACCCACUGGCACGAUCGUUUCACUUAAAGCACAUGAAAAUGAUUCUGCAGGUCCGUACUCUCUGCAGAAAGCGCAAUUCAUGUGGACAAAUCAUUUUGAUAGCCCCAUAGUGGCUCCUCGUCCUGACUUCUUGCGCGGAUCGGAUGUCUCCUCCCUUGACAUUAAUACGGCUUAUGUCGGCCUUGUUGAAGAGUCACUCUACGUAAUGGGUGUGGACCACUUUCCACUAACCGCAUUCGGCGACACCGAAUUCAACCACAAACUCAUCGAGUCCGUCGACGGUAUCACUCGGCGGCGCAAGAUGGUGGAACUAUGCGAACGUGACCCAGGCAAUACCAAAUGCCUCACGGGUAAACGUCACCUUGAUUCGUCUUUGAAUAACAAACAACUCCCAGGCGUUCCUGGUGCGAUGUUGCCUCCUGGCGACAACUCAAAUCCGCCAAUCGAUGCCGUAGAGGCCAUGUCCACUCUGUCAGAUCCCAGGGACAACACAUCCACGACUGUGCCAGGCUGGGUGCCGUGGUCGGGCACUAGCUCUGGUGCACAUAUCAAGGUACUCGGCCCAGCAUCGCCCAUUUCUACCAUUGGUUCCAUAAUGCUCGCCACCGCCUUUGCGGCUGGGUUUAUAUUCCGAUCAAAGCUGCCCCGCAUGAGGCUCCAGAUGGCGCCCGCCACGGUGUCUGUACCAAGUUCCAUCGAGGAAAAGAGAGAUGGAGAUAUGACAACACCGCCUCCUCGCCCAGAUACCCCUGUCAGACAUGGAGUAGAGAUAUCCCUGGUUCCCUCCAAACUCGCACCAGUUACUAUCAACUCGGGGCCUAUAUUAUCACUAGACGACACCCCUUCUCAUGUACUGCAGCCUCCCAACCACUUCGCAGAGCUUGAACAAUUCGAUACCCCAAGCACGACAACACUUGAUAUUGGAGAGGCAGAGGAUAGUGACAGGGAGACUCCAACACCAAAGAAACGCCCUCGACGUGGGCGCAGAGGCAAGAAAGGAAAGGGCACAGGGGCAGCCGUUAAUGGCAUGGGGGAUGAUCAGGAUGACAAGGAUGCAAAUGGUCAUGUUCCUGAGGCUGUGGUCAAAGACAACCCGAAUACCCCUUCUCCCACACUCGUGGUGCCUCAGACGCCGCAGACGGCUACAUCUUCCCUGGUCGUGUCUGAUACUAUACUAGGUUUUGGAUCUCACGGAACGGUUGUGUACCAAGGCUCCCUCCAGGGGCGUGCAGUAGCUAUUAAGCGCCUCCUGCAAGAUUUUGUCACUCUCGCCUCCCGCGAGGUUGAUAUUCUCCAAGAAUCGGACGACCACCCGAAUGUCAUCCGAUAUUACUAUCAAGAAGCUCACGCUAAUUUCCUCUACAUUGCUCUCGAACUUUGCCCCGCGUCCCUUGCAGACGUCAUUGAGAGCCCCGACCAAUUUCGCGAGAUAUCCAACUCAUUCGACCCAAAGCGUGCCCUCCGCCAGAUAACAUCUGGGCUCCGACAUCUGCACUCGCUCAAGAUUGUUCACCGCGACAUCAAACCCCAAAACAUUCUCAUAUCUGCACCGAACAAGGGUGCAUCGGGAAGGGAUGGCGGGCGGAGGAUGCUCAUUUCCGAUUUCGGCCUAUGUAAGAAGCUCGAGAUAGACCAAACGAGUUUCCUGCCGACAGCACACGGCGCCAUGGCUGCAGGCACUGUCGGAUGGAGAGCACCUGAAAUUCUCAGGGGCGAAGUGAAACUUGACGACUCGAUGAGUGAUGACCAUUCGCAAUCAUCACGAGGCAGCGUCAGUACUGCAGUGAAUGGGUCAACAUCAGGCAAGCCAACGAGACUGACUAAAUCUGUUGACAUUUUUGCGCUGGGAUGCCUAUUUUACUACGUCCUUACUAACGGAUUGCACCCAUUUGGGGAUCGGUUCGAGCGGGAGGUUAACAUUCUAAAAAAUGCCAAAUCCUUAGAUGGCCUGAAGCAGUUUGGCGAAGAGGGUUCGGAGGCGGUAGAUUUAAUCACCAACAUGUUAGAUCCUGAAGCCUACAACAGGCCCGACACGACAUCAUGUCUUCUACAUCCAUUUUUCUGGGACUCAGGACGUCGCUUGAACUUCUUGCAAGACGCAUCAGACCGCUUCGAGAUCAUGUGUCGAGAUCCCCGUGACCAAAACUUGAUCGUUCUUGAAACCGGCGCUUUUGAUGUCGUCGGUCAAGACUGGCAUGCACGGUUGGAUAAGGUUUUCAUUGAGAACCUGGGCAAGUACCGGAAGUACGACGGCAAGUCUGUGCAAGAUUUACUAAGGGCUCUGCGAAAUAAAAAACACCAUUAUCAAGAUCUUCCAGACCAUGUUAAGCGCCAUCUAGGUCCUAUGCCAGAAGGCUUCCUAUCCUACUUCACCCGCCGUUUCCCCCGCCUCUUCAUGCAUGUGCACGGCGUCAUAUCCAACACACCAUUAUGCCACGAGUCCAUGUUCAGGACAUAUUUCGAACUGGUCGACUAA